AUGUCCUGGCAACCCGUUAAGCGACAACGAGAACACGAGGAGCUGACAGCCUACAAUGGUGACCAUGUUCGAGAGAAGAAGAAGCACCGGUCUCUUCCGCUACGCAGUCCUCAAAAGCCCAGCAAGGAUUUGAGAGUGGGAAACACGAGGAGAGACCCACAGAAACCUCCUUCGGUCUAUACAUCCUUUUUGACUCCUGUUGACUCCGAUGAUGAAGCGGGCUUCAUCAACCUGUAUUACAAAUCGAACCCCGAGAACCAACAACUCCUACAAGGCCCUCGCAUGUUCGAACCUGACUGCGACAUGAUAAUGGACGUUGACGUUCCCGAAAGUCUAGCAUCGAUGGAGCAAGACCAUGUUCGGUCAGACGGCAUUCUCCAAACCACGACACCUCCUUUGAAGCCGCAGCAGUCAAAUGCUUUAACAAUGGGAGCUCCCGGUUCAGCAGGUUCUCGUGGUACAGCUUUGAACUUGACUGCAGAUCCCCUGUGGUGGGCCUGUCCGCGCUUGCCGAGUCCAGUGAGCGACAAUGGAGAUAAUAUGUCGGAUGUCAAAUGCUCUGCCGAUGCAGAAAUGGUAGUCGAGCGGACUCCUCCAGAACCUAAGCCGUCAAGUCUGGUGAACCCAUCGGCCAUGGAUGCUGAGGCUGCUAAUGAUGGCGGAUCAGAAGACUUCGACUACCCGAUGCGGGUUGCCGGCUCAUUGCUCAAAGACCUCGACCGACUGCCACUGCCAGUCAUCCCCACAUCUCCCCCAAUCUUUUCGGCGCGGCGGCGGCAGAGCCCUUAG